AUGUCUCUUUCUAAGAAAUUAACUUUGGACAAACUGGAUGUUAAAGGGAAGAGAGUUCUCAUGAGAGUAGACUACAACGUUCCCAUGAACAAGAACCAGAUUACAAACAAUCAGAGAAUCAGGGCUUCCCUCCCAAGCAUAAGAUAUUGUCUGGAUAAUGGAGCCAAGUCAGUAGUUCUUAUGAGCCACCUCGGUAGACCUGAUGGUGUUCCCAUGCCUGAAAAAUAUUCCUUGGAGCCUGUCGCUGCUGAGCUCAAAUCCUUGCUGGGAAAGGAUGUUCUGUUCCUCAAGGACUGUGUAGGUAAAGAAGUGGAGCAAACUUGUGCCAAUCCAGCUGAUGGUUCAGUCAUCUUGUUGGAGAACCUACGCUUUCACGUGGAGGAAGAAGGGAAGGGUAAAGACAGUGCUGGAAACAAGAUUAAAGCAGGACCAGAUGAAAUCAAAGCCUUCCGUGACUCUCUUUCCAAGCUAGGUGAUACUUACGUCAAUGAUGCUUUCGGCACUGCUCACCGGGCCCACAGUUCCAUGGUGGGAGUCAAUCUACCCCAAAAGGCCUCUGGGUUUCUGAUGAAGAAGGAGCUGGAAUACUUUGCCAAAGCUUUGGAAAACCCACAGAAACCGUUUCUGGCUAUACUUGGUGGAGCCAAAGUGGCAGACAAGAUACAGCUCAUCAAAAAUAUGCUGGACAAGGUUAAUGAGAUGAUUAUUGGUGGUGGAAUGGCUUAUACCUUCCUAAAGGUUCUCAAAAACAUGGAGAUUGGUGAUUCCCUAUUUGAUGAAGAGGGAGCCAAGAUUGUUGAGGAUAUCAUGACCACAGCUAAGACGAAUGGUGUAAAUAUUACCUUCCCAGUUGACUUUAUCACUGCUAACAAAUUUGCAGAGGAUGCCACCGUUGGUAAAGCCACUGUGGCAUCAGGUAUACCCUCUGGCUGGAUGGGCUUGGACUGUGGUCCUAAGACUAAUAAAAAGUGUGCUGAAGUUGUGGCCCGAGCCAAGCUAAUUGUGUGGAAUGGACCUGUGGGGGUAUUUGAAUGGGAUGCUUUCGCUAAAGGAACCAAAUCCCUCAUGGAUGAAAUUGUGAAAGCCACUGCCAAGGGAUGCAUCACCAUUAUAGGUGGCGGGGACACUGCUAGUUGCUGUGAAAAGUGGAAAACUGAAGAUAAAGUCAGUCAUGUGAGUACUGGAGGAGGUGCCAGUCUAGAACUUCUGGAAGGCAAAGUCCUUCCAGGAGUAGAAGCUCUCAGCAACCUAUAG